AUGGUUACGACCACCGCCCCAGAAGCAGAAAUGGCACCAAUUGAACAGGCGAAAAAACGAGCGGCCUACGCUUGUGGAGAGAAGUAUGUGCAUAGUGGUUGUCGUCUCGGUGUCGGAUCCGGGAGUACCGUAAAGUACCUCGUCGAAUAUUUGAAGCAAGGCUACCAAAAUGGACAACUGAAAGACAUCAUCUGUGUUCCAACAAGCUUCUUAACAAAACAGUGGUUGAUUGAAUCCGGUCUCCCCGUUUCUGAUCUGGACUCUCAUCCUGAACUGGAUGUUUGUAUUGAUGGGGCCGAUGAAGUUGAUGGUCAAUUCACGUGCAUCAAAGGAGGAGGUGGAUGUUUGGCACAAGAGAAAAUAGUUCAAACAGCUGCAAAACACUUUUACGUAAUUGCCGACUAUCUGAAAGACUCCAAACACUUGGGUGAUCGCUACCCUGCUGUUCCUAUUGAGGUGCUUCCACCCGCUUCUCAACCACUUCUUCUAUCAAUUCCAAGAGCAGAAGGUGGCAGUUGUCAACUUCGCCAAGCCACCAAAAAAUGCGGACCAGUUGUGACGGACAACGGAAACUUUAUCAUUGACUGGCAAUUUGAAAAGAAUGUAUCUGGCAGAGAUUGGUUGGCCAUUCAACAGAGAUUGGCCAAUACUCCAGGAAUUGUCGAGACUGGAUUGUUCAUUGGUUGCGUUGAUGCAGUCUUCUUUGCAUAUUCUGACGGAUCUGUGAAAGAAAUUGUCAAUGCAAAGAAGCAUUAA